AUGUUUCAAAAUUUGUCUUUUCCCAGUGACGGUGACCACGCCCCUUCAACGAAUAACACGACGGCUAACAACACAUCCUACCCGCCGUCCUCGGCAUGCUCACCCAGUCCAGCCCCAGUGCCACCCACGCAACCGCCGCGCACACCGACUAACGAUGACAUUGAAGCCAUAAUCCAAAUGGCCACCUCUAAUACAUCCCGCAGCACCCCCGACGGUAGGGGUGGGCCAGGGGGCCCGCCUCGGGACACACGUACCCAGCUUUUCGUUGGAAAUCUACCCUACCGCGUGCGGUGGCAAGACCUGAAGGAUCUCUUCCGCAAAGCGGGAACUGUUCUUCGGGCCGACGUUUCUCUUGGACCUGAUAAUAGGUCUCGUGGAUAUGGGACGGUGCUACUGGCGACUGCAGAGGAUGCGGGGAGAGCAGUAGACAUGUAUAACGGCUAUGACUGGCAAACGAGGGUGCUGGAAGUGAGACCUGAUCGUCUGCCUGCAGGGAAUAGAGACUAUGCUGGCGCGGACAUUCCCCGCGACGAGUUUGACUAUGGUCAGCCGGCCGCGCAGUCCGUCGUUCCACCAUCGAUCACCACUUCUGCCGCCCCCAUAUUCCCUGCACAUAUUCAACCGCCUCUUAUGCAUGCUCGCUCCGUUCAGAGUCCACCAUCGCACCCUCAUUUGCACCUACACAGUCGCUCGAUUUCCAAUUCCAUCCUUGAGCAAGCGCUCCUUGACAAGUCGAUUUUCGAUCUUGAGCAACGCCCUGGGACGAGCGGGGCGAUAGAUGGCAGGAAUCACAGUGGGCUAGGCAGCGUAUUGGCAAGUAACAGAGAUAUCAUGAAUUCUAGUGGCUUUGCGAUGGGCCUAGGUGGAAAUCCACCAAAUAGAACUCUAUUCGUUGGGAACCUGCCGUUCCACGUACAAUGGCAAGAUCUUAAAGACUUAUUUCGACUGUCAGGGCCCGUACUUCGAGCAGAUGUUGCUCUCGCUGCGGAUGGUAGGAGUCGAGGGUUUGGCACCGUCGUAUUCCGCACCGAAGAGGAAGCUGAACGGGCGAGGCGGACGUUUGACGGCUAUGAUUUCAACGGUCGUACGCUGAAAGUCCACUUUGACAAAUUCUCGCAAUCGCAAGCCGCAUUGGGACCUCCCCCAUUCGACAUGUCCCUUCAACCAGAUUCGAUGGCUCGAAACUCGUCCCUACUUUCCGCCAACGCGUCUCUCCUUGAUGAAUACCAUAUGGGCAACGAUUUCCCUCGAAGUUACGCUGAAGACAUAGACUUUUUCCAAAAUAAGAUGAUGUCAACUCCCGUGUCGCCGAUGGCCCAGGAAAGCUCGCACGUAUCUCCCAGCCCUGCUCAUUCCCGAGCAUUUUCGAAUAGCAACGCUUUGCCCCCUCCUAUGAGCUCAUCGUCUCAACAACAGCCUUUCGCCUAUACACACUCACUCCCCCCGAGUCAGCCGUACUCUCCCAUCCACCAGCAUUCAUUCGCUGCAUCGUCAUCAUCAUCGCUCGCGCAGAGCCUGACGCAAAGUCCACUAGCUCAAUCCAUGCAAGCAUACCAACAUCCAGUCGCUCCUCGCGUUUCAGCCGCUCAGCAGCAGCGCAGCACUCAGCCUACUUCACUUUCACUCCCCGAGUCCCUCGCACCUACUUCCUACCCUUCGCCCUCACCGCAAAUGAAUACCUUGGCGGAGAUGAUUGCGAGCGCAAGUGGAUCUUCUGCGGGUUCGUUGCUGGACAAGCUGCCUAAAUCCGUCAGCGGAAUGUCGGGUCUCAGCAACAGCGAGAGCGAGUCCUUAUUAGCAAGUUUCCAAGAGAGGGAAAGAAGGGCCGCGAGGGACAGGGAUACAGAUCCGGUAGGGUACGAGUCUCUGUUGAGGCAGCAGGAACGCGCGCGAGCCCAUCUGCUCGCGGCCUAUGAGCCAGAUAAAGGGUAUAGCAACCCCACCUACGCCGAGCAGUCUCGUAGUUGGGAUAGACAGUGGGGAAAGAGGAGGGAGGCAGAUUUAGAUUGGGAAAGCAGUGAAGAUCGCGGGAGAGCGAUUUCUGGAAGGGAGCGAUCUACUUCACGGCGCGAUGAUCAGACUGGGUUGGACAUUGAUGACUUAGUGCGGUCGCUAACAUUGACCCACGGGGCCGAAGAGUCAGCAGAACGAGGGAGUGGUAUGCUUGACAAAGGAGGCACGCUUGCAUCUAACCAGGGGAAUCACACAUCAAAUUAUAGCUCUCGUGCAGCUACGAGGGAGGGACAUAGAGAUAGAGAAAGCAGUGUGCACAGCACUGCUAGGCGUCCUUCUCUCGUUGCCGGUACGGGUUCAGGAAAGGCUUCUGGCACGUCGACUAGCUCAUGGAGUCCAGCGUCAACCACUGCGAGCCGGUCGGUCUCAGGCACUGGCAGCUCGGGCGGGGUGUCUUCCACCGCAGCGUCCAGUUUUACCACCGAUCAGCGUUCGCCUCAGCCUGUGCAGUCGACACCUGCCUCUCUCCAGGACGAUGACAAUACCCUCAGCCAUGAAAGCAGCUCGAAGCACACCCUGGGUGCCAACGAAGAAGUCAUGAAGAGGCGAGCAACUGAUGAUGCCGCUGGACGGAAACCUGAUCCCCCAAAGAUCCCUCACUCCCGCUCCCAACCUGAGCCCAUCUCCCUUGCAAAACCAUCCCAGGAGGCAACUCGACCAUCGUCGCCUCCACAGGCCAAAACUCAGCACAAUAAUGCCCACCGUAGACCGAAUGUCCGGUCUCCACGGCACACGCAACCACCUACGCAGACGCAGCAACAGGCCCAGCAACAGCAUCCACACCAUCCUGGCCCCAUCGUGCUCCCCCCUCCAGUCACCAGCUUCCCGAUUUUGCCUCAUACGCUAUCACCCCAUGGAAUGAUGGUGCCCGUGGGUAUGGGCUCCCCUCUACAUCAUCCUGGGUCGCCAACGUACCACCCUGGUGCGACACCGACGAACGCUAACUCAAGCAUGGGGAUGUCCGCCGCUACCGCUGACAUGUCCGCCAGUUCGAGUUACGGAUAUGGUGGAAAUGGAUCAUACCCAGGUCAUGGCUUACACCCUUCGGUCGUUCCAAUGACACCGCAUGGACUGCCUCCAAUUACACCGUCCAUGCCGCCGUUUACGUUCUUACCGCAACCGUCGCCGAUUCACCAUCACCCAGACCAGAAUAGCUCUGGCAUACACUACGCCCACGCUAGCGUCAUGAGCAUGGGGAUGGGCGGGAUGACGCUUGGUAACUUACCCUCGCCCUCACAGGCAACCUUCACCCCGACCACCAUGGGACCCUCCUCUCCGCACCACAUCGUCCCGACGCACAUCCAGCAAACGUAUCAGCACGCGACACAUCCAGCUGUCCAUCACCACAUGAUGUCCUCCUUCUCCCCCGGCAUAGCAAUUUCCCCUGGCUCCGUGUACCGACCUGGUGGCCAGGGUAACCCUUUCAUAAACCCUGCUGUCGGCGCACCAGUGCAUAUGCACGUCCACGGCGGCCACCCACAAGCAAUGCAUAGUCCUGGUGCGAUGGGGAUGUAUGGAUACGGUGGCGGCAGUUUCUCCCCAGGCGAGAUUACGUUAGGACAAGAACCUGCGGGGUACUUUGAUAACGUCUAUCAGAUGCCGGUAUAUUAUGGACCAAUUGGACCCGCACCUGGGCCUAGCGGCGGGGCGAGCGAUAGCGUCGAGAGGGAGAUCAUGAAGACGCGUGAAGAGGGCGGUUCGGGUGGAGGCAACAGCCAGGCGGCAGCUGAGGCCGGGGCGCCGCAGCAGGACUUGGUGGAGAGUCCUGACGAAGUCGAUGAAGGAGAAGGUGGGACCAAGCCUUCGAGGACAUACUCGCUAUCCUCGAAGCGGCCUGAAGGCCUGGCUUUCCUGCACCGCUCUGAUUCUGAUCCCUCAGUAAAGACUCCAGGUGCAGGCCCCGGAUCUGGCGCUGUCACCGAAAAGUGA